AAAAGACUGGUCUUUGGAACGGAAGUUUAGGGUCGUCCCAUGUACGUGAAUGCACCAUUACCUCACAACCCGGGGAAAUCAAACGAGCUCAACUGAAAGACACAACUCAAUGUGAUUAACUUUUGCUGGGACAUGACAGAACAUGGGCAGCUACAGCGACUCCACCAGUGACCUUGACGAGGAGUUGCCCGUGUUUGACUUCCUCCAGCGGGGUCGACACCUCAGCCAAUCCUCCCAGAACCACACAGAGAAACCACACCAGAAUGGCUCUGACGCGGAAAUGGCAGCCACAUUCUCGGCAAAGGGCAAUGCGGACGCACGUAAGGGAACGGCCGAUGUAAUGAUGAUCAGCAGCGAUUCUGAUGACGAUGCACCUUAUGUCCCUCUGGCACAGAGACUCAAACAGAGGCAAGACAAUUUGAUUAGUGCCUCCUCCGCUGUCACUAAUGGGAAAGAUGCUGAGCCGUAUUUGCCAUCCAAUCUGGCCGGCUUGCCUCUCUCUUGCCAGAACGGCUUUCCAGAGCCAAAGCGCCCGCUCAGCUUCCAUCAGGUGAGAACAGUGAGCCACGGGGUCCCAGGCGGCUCAGUGGAGGUGGCCGCUCUCCCUCUGAACCCUCUCUCCGGCACAGAAAGCACCGGCGCGUCUCCUGCCAAGAAGAAACCUGCCAAGCGGACAGUGGAGGAGAUCCAGGCCUCCAGGGAGGAGGCUCUGAGUAAGAGACAGGCCAGGGAGAGACAGCAGAAGGGCAAAGAGGCACUCAGACAAGAACAAGAGAGACAGAAAGCAGAGAAGAAAGCUCUGGCUGAGGCUGCCAAGGCCCUGAGGCCUGAGGAGUGCAUCAAGCACAUGGUGGUGGCUGUGGACCCAGCUCUCUUGCAGCUGGAAGGUGGUGGGACUCUGCUGGCGACGGUGCAGGCUCUGGGUUGCAGCUGCGCCAUCGAGAAACAGCCCCUCCCACGCAGUGUCAGCUGGAUGAGGAGGGCUCCCUGUGCACAGCCAGAUGAUGGAGCGUGUGUGCCAGAGGACCACGUUGUGAUGCAGAUGACAGUUGAAGACAUCAUCACUCUGAUCCACAGCUACAUUCAGGAGGAGAGGAACGGCGGGCCAGGCUCCGGCCCCACUCUGACCUCCUGGGUGCAGGAGCAGCAGAGGCGUAACCCCGGGAAGACCCUCAGCCUGGUGGUCAUCGACAUGGAGAAAUACUUCAGAUCCCACAAGUCACAAACCCAGAAGAGGUUCCGAGAUGCGGUCGCGGGCGAGGAGCGAGGGGGAGGGAAAGCGAAGAAGACGAGGAAGAAUGGCGGAGCUGAGGCGCUACCUGAGGUGUCACGAGUUGAAGUGGAGGAGGCAGUGGUGCACCUCCAGCUUCACACUGGCGCCUCGGUCCGCUUCUUGUCGACCUGGAAGGACUUCUCGGAUCACAUCGCCAUGACAACCAAAGCAGUCGCAGAAGCCCCUUUCAAGCGAGAGAGGGAGAAGACGGGCUUCUCCUUCUACCUGGAGAGUGAGUGGGCGGGAGGGCAGCGGGUGGAUAAAGCCGGGAAGGGGCUACUGCAGGUGUGGAAGAGACAGAUCCAACAGCUGAACCGAGUCAGUCCAGACAUGGCCUCCGCCAUCCUGGCAGCGUAUCCCUCCCCACAGCUGCUCAAGAAGGCUUAUAAACUGUGCAAGACGGACCGCGAGAAGAUCUCCCUGCUGUCUGACCUUCUGAUCCGCAGAGGAGAAGGCGUCACCUCCACGUCUCGACGGGUCGGCCCGGAGCUUUCCAAACGCCUCUUCCUCAUGAUGAACUGUCCUGACCCCGAACAGACUCUGGACUCCACCGUCUGACCUCUGAAAUCUGUUUGUUUCUAAUCAUGUUCCCAACAGCUUCGGACUGUUCACACUGAAUGUGAUACGAAGUAGUUAGAAUUCUGUUUUUCAUGUAUUGUGUAUAUAUUAAAGUUUUAUAGAAUCUUUUAAAAACAUUAUCAUUAAGAAAUAAUGGGGAAUAGGAAACAUCAUAUACAGUUAAUAAAGGGAAAGUUUCAUUUUUUUCAAUGUGGGUUUUAUUCUCAAAUUCGGCCAUGCUGGCGGCUGUUCAACUUUACACUCGCCAUCUUUCUUGUAGCAUACACUAGGGGAAGCAUUUAUAUAAAUAAGCUCACGUUUUCUAAUUUGUUUCCAACACCUGUCUCAGAGUCUCACCUAAAGAGAAUAAAGGCUAACACCUUUGGAAUCUACUUCCUGACAUGCUAGCUAUCUAGAGCUAAUGAGCUAAAUCCUCAGCAUAUCACAGCCUCAUGCUUCGUUAAUAUAGCCAUGCUUCAGGAAGUAAACAUAGAAAUUAGCCUCCUGAAUUAACAAUUGCAAUCAUUAAGGGAUCUACUUCUAGGGUAACUUUGUGGCUAACCAAACUAGCUUCUCAUUUGUUUGUUUACGUGUGAGGCUGUGAUAUGCUGAUGAUUUAGCAUCAUUAGCUUUAGUUAACAUGGCUAUGCUUGAAGAAGAGAAAGAAAGCCUGCUGAAUUAACAAUUACAAUUAUUAAAGGAUCUAUUUCCACAGCUGGAGUAAUACAAAUGUAUUACAUAUUCCUAUAUAUAUAUAUAUAUGUAUAUAUAUAUUAAUAACUUCAAUGAAGAUAAAAAUAUAUUACAAAAAUCUAAUUUGCUACUACUUUACUCUAGCA